AUGGCUGCGCCCGGUCUCGCACCCCCAGGACCUGACAGCUUCAAGCUGUUCACCCCCGAGUCGCUCCGUACUAUCGAGGAGCGCCAAUUCCAGGAGAAGAUCAAGAAAAAGCCCAAGCCCAAGUCUGACAGCAGUCACCGCGAAGAAGAAGAGGAAGAACCCAUGCCCAAUGGUGAUCUGGAGGCGGGGAAGUCCCUCCCUUUCAUCUACGGGGACAUCCCUAAUGGACUGGUGGCGGUACCACUGGAGGACUUGGACCCCUAUUAUAUAAAUGAGAAAGUGAGUUCCUACACCACUCAAUCCCACACAGGGCUCGGCAUGACAAAGGGAUCAAACUAACUCCCCUGCAGUGUGGAGAAGUUAGGGGUUGGAAAGUUGUGGGGUAGGAUGGGAUGGGUCAGAGGUUUGAAAUUAGUACUGGUAUGAUAUCUGUUUAAAAUAACUUCAGGAAGGAACAAAUGGAUUGUACUAUACUCAAGUCUUUAUAGCUUGCCUUUUAAAUGUAUACUGCUUAUGACUGUGUUAUAAGUCCUAAUGUGUGUCCCCUAUAUUAAGCUUUAACCAAGUUUAUGAAUGAGAAUUUAUGCUUAUGGGGUAAGGAUAAGGAAAAAACACUAGCAUGGCUUGGCUAUGAGCAAAUUUAGAAUCAAACUAUCUGUAGGAAACCUGAUUAACCUUUUACUGCAGUGGACUAAAUCAGUGUCACAAAGAGUGUUUCCUGGUAGUUUUAAACAAAUCUACUUUGAAACAAAAUUAUACACCUCACACACAGGGCUUAAAAAAAGAAGACACCUGUACCAUGCCAGAUAUAGAGUUGAAAUGUAUUCAAUUUAGAGUUUGUAUUCCAAUAUUACACUUUAUAUACAUCACAGAAGACUGAAAUAUAACAAAACACCAGAUUUUCGAAUAUUAAUAACAUUUCACCCAUGAGGCCACCUGGUCAUUUGACUGCAGGAAAGGGCUACGAAAGGAAGAAGCCCACCCUUAUUAGACAAAAUGGAGGUUUGUGUUCCACAUCGUUGUACCAGCCAUGAAAAUAGGGUUAAGGCACAGCGUCAACAGCAAAGAUGACCUUGAGGUGUGGUAUUGCUCUUUAAUAGUUUGACCACUGGGAGAGGCAAUUAGAGCCAGUCGAUGCCUAUGAAGGCUCACAUAGAGCUCAUAGGUACAUAAUGAAUGCUCUGGCUAGCACAAUUACCCAGAAGAUGCUAGUGGAUCCAGUAACUCUGCAGUGAAUGUCUGGAGCUCUGGACCGCAGGCCUCUUUGGUAAUGCUUAUGUAGUCUUAUCUGUUGAUUGAUGCUCUGUGUUGCUGCACUUACUGGAAAUGUGCUGUGGAUGCUGGCAGCAGAGAUGAGACCAGCGGGCCUCUCUGACUAUGUGCUAUCAGUGCUCCUGCUAAUUGAAUUUGCUAGUGAGGCAAAUUGCACUUGGAUUAUGAGGGUGUUCUGUCGAAGCAGACGGUCUGCAUGCGUGUGUGUAUUGGGGUUUCUGUGUAGGAGAAUGUGGUGUGUGUGUGCAAGUUUAUGCAUUUAGUGUAUGUUUUUUCCUCUGUACAUUUCCCUACAUACAUUUAGCACAUCUUCAUAGUAUUUUUGCAUGGGGUACUUUUUCCCUGCCUAAUUGUACCACUCUGAAGGAGUUAGCAGCUGUUUUGGUCCCUUUUCACGUUUUUUUUUUUUUGCAUGGCUUCCAUACAUUUUUUUUUUACAUGGCUUCCUUGCUAAAUGUGUUAAAAAUACAACCACCAUAUCAUAUCAUGAUUCAGGCCAGCCACCACAUUAUGCCCAACUUGGUAUGCAGACACAACACAUAGGAGCUCCCGUUUAGCAUAAGUCAAAUGGUUGCUUCCCCUACCAGCCCAGGACACAACAGUUCAGUUUCCCUUUCAGUUUAGUCCCCACUCCCCUCAGCUUCCACCCCCCCUCCCUCCCCCCCAGUGUAACCCUAGCCAGGGAGAGGAGAGGAGGGGCUGGCUGCACCUUGAGGGCGGUAGAGGUGAGGAGCAGCCUAUUUCCUGGGCCAGCUGGCUGUAUUGGGCUGAGUUGCUGGGCUGGGCUGGGCAGGGCUGGAGAAAGGGUUAAGCUGAGCUGGAUGGCUGGGCUAAGCUGGAAGCUGGGCUGGCCUGGGCUGGAGGCAGGGCUGGAGGCUAGGCUGGUGGUAGGGCAGGGCUGAGGCUGAACUGGGCUUUAGGCUAGGCUGGGCUGGGCAGUCCUGUAGGCUAGGCUGGAGGCAGAGCUGGGCUGGGUGUUCUAGCCUGUAAGAGAAUCUGGGGCCUGCAGGGCUAUAGAGACCCACUCAGCAGUAUGCGUGCCUCCUAUGAUCUAACGAUCCAUGGACUUUUAUGAUGGCAGCCAGAGGAAGGGUGAUGGCGAGGUGCAAUUGCUGCAUCUUCCCCCCCUCUUCCAUCCUCCCCUCUUCCUUACCCCUUUGCCCUAUCUGUUAUGCUUGGCUCUCUCCUUCUCCUGCCUCUGCUCCCUUGUUUCUUUGUUCUCUCCUCCCUUUUCUUUGUGGAGGGAUGGAGGUAGACUCGUUCAUCAGGUGGUGCUCAGGGCUCCUUCAUGCACACCUCUCUCUUGUCUGGAGCUGUGUCUGUCUCAGUGAAUCCCUCCCUAGACCCCUUUGUGUGUGUGUGUGUGUGUGUGUGUGUGUGUGUGUGUGUGUGUGUGUGUGUGUGUGUGUGUGUGAGUGUGUGUGUGUGCGCAUGUAUGCUGUGACUCCUCUCCCUCACUCUGCCCUCCCAAGGUCUGUUACCUUUGUCAAACACACACCGUAGGCAGUGCUGUGUGUGUGUGUGUGUCAAUUAAGUAAGAGGGCCCGGUAGAGAGCAGAGCACAAGUCACUGACCUGCUGGGACCAGGAUGGUCUGGGACACACAGUACAAUGGGCAUCCCCCUCCCUGGCCAUUCAGAGCGUUUUACUACCUCCCUCCCUCCCUCCCCUCUCCCAUCCACACCUUCACCUUUCAUGACACCUAUGGGAGCCCUGGCAUGCAUAUUAAUGUGUCGCCUCAAAACCUCCUCCUCCUCAAUCUCUCUACCUCUUUUCUCUCUCUACCGCUCCAGGUUUCUCAUCCUCUCCUCUACUCGACCGCCAAUUCCCCUCUCCCCUCCCGCUCUCCCCACCUCCAUGUGUGCAAGCUUGCGUAUGACCGUGUGGUCUGUGUGUGUGUGUGUGUGUGUGUGUGUUGCUGUUAGCUGCAGUGAAACCUGAUCACAGCACUCAUGAAUCGAGUAGGGGAAGAGGGGAGCGAUGCCGGUGAGGGAAAAGUGCAGUCGCUGCAGUUUCUCUUCUCCCCUGGCUGUGAUGGAUGUGUGUGUUAGUGUGUGUGUGUAUCUGUGCAUGUGAUCAUUUGUGCAGGCGUACGUGCGCGCAUGUGUGUGUGACAGUGCAUGUGUGUGUGAGUACAUGUGUGUUGGAGAUGGGGUUGAAUUGAAGUUGUGCAAGUGUAUGUGUGUGGGAGGAGCCACAGUGAACGCUGUGUGUGUGCCCGACAGACGUGUUGGCCUGGACGCUACGUAGAAAUGUUGAACUAUACCAGGGGUACUCAACUCUUACUCUACGAGGUCCAGAGCCUGCUGGUUUUCUGUUCUAGCUGAUAAUUAAUUGCACCCACCUGGUGUCCCAGGUCUAAAUCAGUCUCUGAUUAGAGGGGAACAAUAAAAAAAUGCAGUGGAACUGGCUUUGAGGUCCAGAGUUGAGUUUGAGGGAACUAGACAAUACAGCACUAUUGGUUGUUUAAUACAGCAUACAUGGCAUCUACAGUAGCUUUAGCCUGGUUGUCAGAUCUGUUUGUGCUUCAGACAAGCUAAAACAGGUCUGGUCUAGUGACCAAGUGAAUGUAACAGAAUGUAGUACUCUAUGGCGUAACCAGCAUCUCUCCUGCUAGUCAUUCUAUCUCCAUGGUGUAGCAUUGACCCUUGCUAGCCAUUCUAUCUUUAUGGUUUAGUAGCAUUGCCCCUUGCUAGCCAUUCUAUCUCUAUGGUGUAGUAGCAUUGAACUUUGCUAGCCAUUCUUACACUGUAAAAAGUGGGACAGCACUGUUGUUCAUUUGAAGUGCUUUUUCUGAUUGGUAUGAUCCAAAAUUACACUUUGGUUCAUUCAAGCUAUUCUAUUAAAUUGACAUGAAAUCAAAUAACGAAUUUGACAGAUCAAUGUGAUCUUUUGAAUUGAAAGAAAACUUCUAUAUUGCUUUUAACAUCUCAUGCACAUUCACAUUGCAUAGCGGUGGGUGCAAUGUAGCGGCAGCAGCCUAUCAGAAGAAUAGGAGGCAUGGCCUAUUGGAGGUGUGGCUUUCAGUAUGUUAUUUUUGGCCACCUGUGAGAGUGAAUAUCAUUCCAGGUAAUGUCUUCUGUUAUAAAAAAUAAAUAAAUGAUUACAGUAUUAUGCAAGCACUGAAUCUUAAAUGAUAUCUAAAUAAGUACUGUGAUAGUAAAGAGCCUGGAAAGGUUUCCAUUGAUGGUCACCAUUUGGUUACAAUAUUGUAACCAGUUAAUGUGAAAGUCUUAUGUAAAGAAAGUGUUUGGAGUCGUUAUUUAAUGCUAUGGAACCAACUUCAUUUCUUGAUUAGCAGGAAAUUGAUUUAAUUGCUUGUAACCCAAAUGAAGAAUAUGUAGAUGUAUAUGUAAUUACAAAGGGGAAAAUCUACUUGGUACAACAUGAAAAAAUGGGUUGUAUAGAUAUGUUUGUUUUUAUGUUAUUUAUUAGGUUUAACCAAUGGGGAGAAGUAAGUGUAGUGUUGAAAUAAAGAGGUUGCAACUUGAAAUAUAGAUUUGUUAAUAAUCAAAUAUAACAGUUGGCAUUGAAUCAUUUAUUUGGUUUGAACAAGUGUUUGCUUUUUUCAUUUUUUUUUUACAUUGCAUCUCUAUUAUGUAACCAGUGUCUCUCCUGCUAGCCAUUCUACCUCUAUGGUGUAACCAGUGUCUCUCCUGCUAGUCAUUCUAUCUCUAUGGUGUAACCAGCAUCUGUCCUACAUGCUGCUGUCCCCAAAUGACCCUGGCUGAGUAGCAGACUGACAGGUCAUUUCCAAUGGCUGCUGCUGAUCAGACAGGGACAAUGAAGAUCUUUGAAUGAGUAAAACAUAUCCAGAAUGAUACACUAGUAUCAUUAACCAUAGCUAGAUCCCACGUUGGUGACUUUACUCGCUUCCUAUCAUGCCAUGGCUGUGAUUUUAAAGAGGCAAAUCCCCCCCCCCCCUUUCCUCUCUCUCUCUCCCUCUUUCUCUCUCUCUGGGGUGUAGUAAAUUAGAGCAGGGGCCUGGCUUUAGCGCUCUGUCUGAGUCCUUAGUGUCUGAUGACACAGCAUCCUUCUGUACUGCUGAGGGGGAGGAGAGAGGGAGGGAGGGAGGAGGGGGAGGGGGAGGGGGAGGGAGGGGGGAUCACACCACACCGCACGGGACAUCUAGAGGGGAGUGAUGCUCCAUGGAGUUGGACUGGCUAAAUACACUCUUAGAAAAAAGGGUUCCAAAAGGGUUCUACGUCUGUACCCAUAGGAGAACCCUUUUAGGUUCCAGGUGAAACCCUUUUGAGUUCCAUGUAGAACCCUUUCCACAGAGGGUUCUACAUGGAACUCAAAAGAGUUCUACUUGAAACCAGAAGGGUUCUACCUGGAACCAAAAAGGAUUCUUCAAAGGGUUCUCCUAUGGGGACAGCCGAAGAACCCUUUUAGGUUCUAGAUAUCACCUAUUUUUCUAAGAGUGUAGUUACAUAUGUGUGCCGGGGAGGGAGUGAGGGAGGGAGUGUGGUUGGAUAAUGAUGUGUUAGCAUUAUAGUACAUGCGGUUGCGUAAAUGCUGGCCGGUAGGUUAUGUAUACUGUAUACCGUAAUGUGACCAUCAUCUCUGGAUGUAUUAAUGCACAUAUGUUUUAGCAAGGGUUUAAGAUGGUUUGUCUCACUGAAUGUGUUUCUGUUUGCGAAGGUCAUUGAUGUCUUGGACUAUGAUUCAGACAAAAAUCAUGGCUGAGGUCAGUCAGGUGUUUAAAGAACAGUCUAAUUAACCCCCUCCCCUUCAGCUGUGGUACUAUGAUGUAGCCUAUAGAGAUAGGCUACUCCACCCUCCCUCAAUGACCUACUCUCCAUUGUUUCCCCUGCUCUGUCAUCUCUUUCUCUUUUUCUCUCCUCCCUCCCUCCAUCUACCCAUCCCUAUCUCCUCCCUCCCUCCCUCCCUCCAUCUAUCCAUCCCUCUCUCCUCCCUCCCUCCCUCCAUCUACCCAUCCAUCUCUGCUUUGGCUCUCUCCCCUCUGCAGCUCUCAGGGUUUUCUUCUGCAUUCCUCCCUCUCCCUCUCCCUCUCCCCCCUCCCACCCCCUCAUUCCCCCUCUCUCUAUCUCUCGCUUUUCCUCCACUGCAUGCCCCCCCCCCCCCCCCCCUCUCUCUCUCUCUCUCUCUCCUCUCUCUCUCUCUCCUUCUCUCCUUAAUUUGCUCCCUCUCUCUUUGGCUAUCUUUGCUGCUGUCCCUGUAUCACUGCAUGGCCCCUCCACAUCCCUCUCUCACUGCUCCACUGCAUGCCACUCCCCCUCCCUCCUUCCUCUCCCUCUCUUUGGUUGUCUCUGCAGCUGCAUUCUUCCUCCUAUUCCUGCAUAUGUAUUUCUCUUCAAAGCUUCUAUUGUGAAUGAUGAAACUUGCAGUAGCUUUGCAGCAAAUCCGUCAUGAGACAUUCAGUAUGCAUUGUGUGUGUAUGCAGGUAUGUGUGUGUGUUCUUGUGUGUGUGUGUGUGUGUGUGUGUACUAGUAUUUAGUGGGACCACAUGCCUGUGUGUACACUGUGUAUAGAACCCGUACACUCUGUGUGAUUGCAUGUGAAGCGUGCCUUUGAUUAUCCCACAGUGGGUCCAGCACACUCAUGCAUCAUAUGGCCGUUAUGUACAGGCCCAUUUCAAUAUGUCCGGGAAUCGUAGGCUAGCUAGCCUGCUCUCCUCUCCACAGUGAUGGGGCACCUCACUAUGUCCUGGUUCCUAUCCUCCUAUAGGCUUCCUUCCUUCCUUCUCUCUCUCUCUCUCUCUCUCUCUCUCUCUCUCUCUCUCUCUCUCUCUCUCUCUCUCUCUCUCUCUCUCUCUCUCUCUCUCUCUCUCUCUCUCUCUCUCUCUCUCUCUCUCUCUCUCUCUCUCUCUGACUGUCCCUCUAUCCGCAGCCAUAUUGUCACAAAGCACUGAUUGGCCAUUGUAGCCGUUCUACAAUAGCCAGUCAGUGUAGUCAAUAGCAGAUUUCUCCCUCCUCUCUCUCCACAUCCAUCCAGAUUACAGACAUACUAAAGCCCCUUUACAAUUUAAUUAUGAUUCUGUAUGUACAUUGAUUGCAGUAAGCCAUAGUAGAUGACCUAAAUUGAAACAUAAGCCUAGCAUAUAGCGAUGAAACCGAUGCAUGGUGUGUGUGUAUAUCAGUGUGUGUGUAUGAUGUGUCAUCACAAAAUAACACUUUGAUAACUGUUUGUGAGAAAAUAACUGCAGAUGGCAGUGAUCUGUAGUUUUUAUGGCUCAAGAAUGUCAGUGAAUCAAAGGCCUGUCAGAAUAUGAAUGAAUAUUCCUGGCUGAUAACAGUAGAUAAGAAUAAGAUUAAUAUGAUUCUUUAAUCACAUUUAAUAAGAUUAAUGACAUUGGAAUGUAACCAUUUGGUGCCAAGAAGACUAUCAGAGCCAUGCAAACAGAGGCUUACGUGUGUCCUUGACUAAAGUUGUGUCCUCAGAGGGUCUGAAGUAAAAGUCGCCUUCACUCCCCAGGGAGGGAGGGAAUAAAGGGAGGGAGGGAGGGAGGAAUUGAAGGCAGGACAGCCAGAGAGAGCACAGACACCUAGCAUGAGGCUAUAGGGACCACAUCUGUGGCCAUGUUGACAGGCAUAUCAAUGAGUCCAGAGCAGACCAAUCAUUACACAUGUAUUUUCUGUCAUAGCAUUUGACAUCCUUCUUGGAAUGUUAGAUUUUUGCUGUAGCCCUAAUAUGAUUCCUUGACUUGUCAAUGUUUUUAAAUUGCUGUUUUAUGAUUUUGUUAUGCUCCUGUGAUUUCUAUGGAUGUUUACUAGAUUACUUGUAGUUUUUCAUGUUGUAUGUCUGUAAUUGUGUAAUGACUUGGUGCUGCCUAUCUUGGCACAGGACGCUCUUGAAAAAUAUAUUUCAAAUCUCAAUGAGCCCUUCCUGGUUAAAUAAAGGUGAAAUAACAUUUUUUUUUAAAUUAUCCUGGGCCUAAUUUUGACCAACAUCAGAUGUUGAUUGGGGUGAAUGAUAGAGGUAGAUUAUUUUUUCUGACAGGAAGAAAUGGUGAGGAUUUGAGUUAGCCUAGCCAUAGACAGUGUACGGUCAAAAAGAAAGGAGAGGAAGAAAUACGUAGGGAAGGAGAGAGCGAGGGAUCAGGGGAGAGUGAGAAGUGUUGUAAUGCAGAGACAGAAUAUAUUUUGUCUUUCCCCAGACUGCUCUGCAGCCACCACUCGCUAUUUUUAAUCUAAUUAGAUUUCAGGACACUCCUGUCUCAGGACACCUCUGUCUUGUUGCCCAGCCGCUCCGCUCCUUGCCAGUGUUUCCCUAGGUUUGUGUAACAAACGGACAGUCCCAGUGUGUGUGUGUGUGUGAGAGAGUUUGUCUGAAUGCCUUUUUGGCGUCUCUAUAUAGCUACUGUAUGUCUUUGUAGGUGUGGAUUCCUUCUCUGAAUGCAUAUGUGCAUAAAUGCGUAUGUGUCUGUUUGUUGUGCAUGCCAUGUGCACAGCUGAGCUUUUAAUUUGUCAGGCUGACUUUGUGUUUCUGUUGUACAUAUGUGGGGCUUACAGUGUAGCGGGUUGUUUGACUGUGUGUGAAUCGGGCUGUAUCUGUGUUGAGUGUGUAGUAUGUUAAGCUGAGCUGUUUAUGUGUUUCAUUCUAUGCAUGUUGGCCUAUGUUGCGUGGUGUGCAGUAUACUAUAGCUGUUGUGGAGUGUAAUACUGUUCUGUACUGUACAGUAGGAAGGUACUGCAGAGGUCAUCUGAUCUGGACUCGUGUUACGUAGUUCUCUCUCUCUCUCUCUCUCUCUCUCUCUCUCUCUCUCUCUCUCUCUCUCUCUCUCUCUCUCUCUCUCUCUCUCUCUCUCUCUCUCUCUCUCUCUCUCUCUCUCUCUCUCUCUCUCUCUCUCUCUCUCUCUCUCUCUCUCUCUCUCUCUCUCUCUCUCUCUCUCUCUCUCGGAACAGGACACACACACACUCUCUCCUUCUCACCACAGCCAGGCCAGCCCCACUUGGCCCAGGCCUGUUUAUGGGAUAGGGAGUGGUUGUUGAGAGGCUGGAGUCAGCAGAUCUUGGUUUGAUCGAUGGCAGCGUUUGCAGUUCUCCUCCAGUAAGAGCUUUAAGCUGGGAGAAGAACACAGCUAUUUGGCAACAUACUGGGGAGAGGAACACAGGAAGGAAGGAACACACACAAACACUGGGAUCUCUUACGGUCACUGUCAGUCAGGGGCUCUUAGUUACUCUAACUGGAAGUGGUACGGUAGUUAGAUGACAUUUUCUUGAUAAAGGGUUAAGUUAUUAGGCUAUUCAGACCUGGGCAUUUAAUUCCAUUUUAAUCCUUAUGGUGCCAUGUUAAAGUGGGUUUAAACUUGAAAACGACUUGUGGUUGUAAUACAGCAGAAUUCUUCUUGCAGUGAAAGGGCAUGGCAAACUGAAGCAGCAAGUUCCAUCAAAUGGGUGGAGCCACCCUGUGUGCCCUAUGACUUAAAGCUGAGGUCAGCAAUCAGAUUAGCCAAUGAAAAGUCAGCUUGGUGUACCUUAGUCAUGACUUCCCAUUUCUGUUGACUCAGCAUGAGGCCCACAGUGACAGUUACAUGUUCUGUAUGUGUCGUGAAACCCUGAUGAAGCCAGCAUAGCGGUCCAAACGAUGGUAUCUAUUACAUUUAUUGCAUCGGAGCCAUGAGAGUGUGCAGCUUUUCUUUUCUGUCCCGUAUGUGUCAUGCAUUGUAUUGCUCUUGUUAAUGCAACUCUCUCUCUCUCGCUCUCUUUCUCUCUCUCUCUCUCUCUCUACAGACGUUUAUAGUCCUAAACAAAGGGAAAACAAUCUUCCGCUUCCACGCCACGGACUCCUUGUACGUCAUCAGCCCUUUUAGUCUCUUUAGGCAAAUAGCAAUUAAGAUUUUGAUACACUCAUAUCCUUUCAAGUGGUGCAUUGUCUUGCUUUGA